AUGGUGCGGCUCUACGAUAUCAAGUCCAGCAACCCCAACCCCAUCAUGCAAUUCGAGGGCCACACGAAUAAUGUGACUGGCGUCGCAUUUCAUUGUGAAGGGAAAUGGAUGGUCACGAGCUCUGAGGAUUGCACGGUAAGAGUAUGGGAUACUAGGUCGGGCAUGGUUCAGAGAAACUAUCAACACUCCCAUCCAGUCAAUGACGUGGUGAUUCAUCCAAACCAGGGUGAAUUGGUCAGUUGCGACCGUGGCGGAAAUAUUCGGAUUUGGGAUCUGGGCGCAAGCAGAUGUACCCAUCAACUUGUGCCCGUGGAAGACAUCUCCAUGGCCAGUGUGAGCGUUGCGAGUGAUGGCUCGCUCCUCGCUGCUGGAAACAAUCUGGGAGACGUCUAUAUCUGGCGUGUGUAUCAAAAUCACGACUCGACCACCCUUCUCCCAUGUCGCGCAUUCAAAGCCCAUAAGGAUUACCUCACCCGCCUGCUCCUCUCGCCAGAUAUAAAAUACCUCGCAACCUGUAGCGCCGACCAUACUGUGCGCGUCUGGAAGAUCGACAUGAAUGAAGAGCAUCUUGAGGAUAUCAACGAACCACAAACCCCCCCCAUAUCACAACAGCAGCAGGAAGGAUCAACAGGCCAUACCGAACCUACUCCGAACAAUCACAACCAAAACACGAUCACGCUCUCACGCUCCCAGCCUUCCCUCCCCAGCGCCGAGAUAGACAGAAAUUCCGACUCCUCUCCCGAUCCUAAACUAUCCCACUCCACCCCAUCUCUCACAUCAGCUUCCUCGCAACAAUUCCGCCCCACGACCGACCUGAUAUCCAUCCGGCGACCCCUCCCUUGCCAUGCCAUAUUGGACAUCCACCAACGCUGGGUAUGGGACUGCGCCUUCAGCGCCGAUUCCGCGUAUCUUGUCACCGUCUGCUCUGACCAUUACGCGCGCCUGUGGGAAAUCCUCACCGGGAAAAUCAUCAGACAGUAUAGCGGACAUCACAGGGGGGCGGUGUGCGUCGCGUUAAAUGACUAUAGCAAUCCGCCUUAG